GUUUUUAUUACAGUGCGGCAUUUUUUCAUGGACAAAUAGAACAGCCAGUGAGAGGAAUUAUGUCUUUAGUUAACCAUAAGGAUAUGGAAGUAUUAAUUGCUGUCAACGAAAGAGGAGUUUUUAUUAUAGACUGCUUCGAAAAUACUCUUUUAUUGGGACUCCGAUAUGAAGAUCUGUCGUGGGAUUAUGCUAAGCCAAGUGCUACUGAUGAUUUGGAGUGUCUUACAUGCAUAUUCCUGCAGUUUGACGCUAUUGAAAAUGGAGUACAGAUAUCUAAGCUUGUGCAAGUGUUUUCAAAGCAAGCUGCUAUGAUUGAUGCUCUUAUAUCCCAUUUUACUGGGCAAAUGCGUAAAAGAAAACAAGAGGGAGGCUCAGCUGAGCAAUGUCAUGAUGGUAAGUGACGACUAA